UUGGAAUUCCUCAUACAUUGGUGGAAAGAAGGAGGAGGGGAGAGCGCCGAGCAGGGGAACUUUGACUUGUGGAAAUAUUGCCGGACCGACAUAGAUAAAAGCUUGAGAGCGGGAAACGAAUAAUUCAGCACUCAGAAACAAAAAAGAGGAUUUUACUCCCUAAAUGCACAGACUGAACUUUAGGAUUCGUUACUCGCAGUUUCUUCUGCCACUUUGAACUGCACUGCACAUGUUCUCAGAUUUUCAGGCUGCUCAAUGAAUUGCACCGUAUAGAGCUGGGCUUGCUGAGAACCGGUUUGUUUAUGUUUAGUGUAUGAGAAUUGAUUGGAGAUACGAACGUGACACACGGCAGUAGUGUUUCACAUAGCUGUUAGUGGGAAACUGGUGUCGGGAAUCCUGCGCUGUCUCUACUGGCAGUAACCUAAAUGAACCCUGUCAGUUAGCCCUGCCAGGGAUACAAGCUGGUCACAUUGGCAUUCACGGCGGGUCAUCUGAAUAGGCUUUAAUCUACCAAAAAAAAAUCGGAUUCAUUGCAUGUUUAUAGUCCAGUAAGAAAAAACGGUGCCUUUUGUAGUCUAUUGAACGGGCGGGAGCUAUAGCGCACAUUGCGUUUUUUGAGGAGAGAAGAGACUAGUUUCUGUUCAUGCUAAAACGGUGUAAACUCCUGGCUCUGCCCCUCUGGCAACUGUAGCAAAGGAUAUCUGAAGCAAGGGAGUGUAGGCUACUACACCAAACAUUAGCCUGCACGAAACAGUGCCUGCGUCUACUUUUCCUGCUGCACUUGGGAGCUGUCAUGCCUAUACGAAAGAAAGAUGCUCAAAGAGCUUUACUGCUCAUGGAGGAAUACAAGACGAAACUUGGACAGACAGAAGACAGACAACUCAGACAGUCACUAGAAAGACUCAUCAACAUUUUUCAGAGCAACCUCUUCCAAGCCUUGAUAGAUAUCCAGGAGUUUUAUGAAGUGACCUUACAGGAAGGCCAGACAUCUGUAGAGCCAGUCAAGCCUGCAGAGCCCCCAGCUCCCCCUGUCACCCUGUGGGACUUUUCCAGCCUUCCCUCCCCCUCUACAGCUGUCACCUCUGACACCCUGCCCAGCAGCCUUACGUCCAGCAUAGAGAAGUACAGGAUUCAGGAUGAGGAUGGUUCUACCCCCCAGCAGGACCAGGGUCAGUCUCAGGCCUGUCCCCAGCACCCCUACCCCAGCCUGGAGGAGAGAGGCAGAGAGCGGGAGCUGCCAGGGAGCCAUCACGGGACCCUCCGCAGCCACCAUGGAGGAGGAACCCUGGACGGGUACCACCAGGGCAGGGGAGAGAGAGAGGGCAGGGGGGAGGGACGGCCAGAGCUGGUCCAGGUAGCGGAGAAAAACCUGUCUCAGAUAGAGAACGUCCAUGGAUAUGUCUCCCACGCACACAUCUCCCCUAUGAAGCAGCCAGAUGUGGUGGUCCCGCCCCCCGUACCCAUAAUCCCUGUGAUCCCCAUCCCAGCCGAGACCACUCCUGUCAUCUCUCCACCCUCCUCUCUGCCUGCACCCACGUCACCCACGUCACAGGCAAACCCACCUCCUGUGGUGGUCAACACAGACAGCUUGGACAGCCCCCCAUACGCGAAUGGAUCUGAAGCUGAUUAUGAAUAUGAUGAGAUCACACUGGAACGGGGUAACUCUGGGUUGGGCUUCAGUAUUGCAGGGGGGACAGAUAACCCCCACAUCGGCGAAGACCCCAGUAUCUUCAUCACCAAGAUUAUCCCUGGGGGAGCUGCAGCUCAGGACGAACGUCUCAGAGUGAAUGACUGCAUCCUGAGAGUGAACGAGGCCGACGUGAGGGAUGUGACCCACAGUAAGGCUGUGGAGGCCCUGAAGGAGGCCGGCUGCAUCGUCAGGCUCUACAUCCGCAGGAGAAAAGCCCUCUCGGAGAAGAUCCUGGAGCUUAAACUAGUCAAAGGUCCCAAAGGGCUAGGAUUCAGUAUUGCGGGGGGAGUAGGGAACCAGCACAUUCCAGGAGACAACAGCAUCUAUGUCACCAAGGUCAUCGAGGGAGGGGCUGCACACAAAGACCAGAGGCUGCAGAUAGGAGACAAACUAUUGGCUGUAAACAGCGCUUGCCUUGAGGAAGUGAGUCACGAGGAUGCCGUGGCAGCCUUGAAAAACACCCCUGAUGUGGUUUACUUGAAAGUGGCGAAGCCCACCAGUGUCUUCAUGAACGACAGUUUCGCUCCCCCCGACAUCACCAACUCGUAUUCCCCUCACAUGGACAACCAUAUCAGCCCUUCCAACUACCUGAGCCGGCCCCAUACCCCCGCCACGCCUGGACGCUACUCCCCCGUCCCCAAGAGCAUGCUGGGAGACGACGAGGUGACCAGGGAGCCCAGGAAGGUGGUGUUGCACCGUGGGUCUACAGGCCUGGGUUUUAACAUCGUAGGAGGAGAGGAUGGAGAGGGAAUCUUUAUCUCCUUCAUUCUGGCUGGUGGACCUGCUGACCUCUGUGGAGAGCUUCGCAAAGGAGACCGCAUCAUCUCAGUGAACGGGGUCGACCUGCGCAGUGCAACCCAUGAGCAGGCUGCAGCAGCUCUGAAGAAUGCUGGACAGACUGUUACCAUCACAGGCCAGUACAGGCCAGAGGAGUACAGUCGGUUUGAAGCCAAAAUCCAUGAUCUACGUGAACAGAUGAUGAACAGCUCUAUCAGCAGUGGCUCUCUGCGGACCAGCCAGAAGAGAACUCUCUAUGUCAGGGCUCUGUUUGACUAUGACCGGGCGAAGGACUCGGGGCUGCCCAGCCAGGGGCUCAACUUCCACUUUGGAGACAUCCUUCAUGUGGUGAAUGCCUCCGAUGACGAGUGGUGGCAGGCACGGCAGGUGACCCAUGAAGGAGAGGUGGAAGAGGUUGGAGUCAUCCCCAGCAGGAGGAGGGUCGAAAAGAAAGAGAGAGCGCGGUUAAAGACAGUCAAAUUCAACGCCCGGUCUCAAGACAAAGUGCAGUCAUUCAAUGACAAGCGUAAAAAGAACCUAUUUUCCCGAAAGUUCCCUUUCUACAACAAGAGCAAGGAGCACAGCGAACAGGAAACGAGCGAUGCUGACCAGCAUGUUACCUCUAACGCCAGUGAUAGUGAAAGUAGUUACCGUGGCCAGGAGGAGUACGUCCUGUCCUACGAGCCAGUCACACAGCAGGAAGUGAACUACACACGACCUGUCAUCAUCCUGGGGCCAAUGAAAGACCGCAUCAACGAUGACCUCAUCUCAGAGUUCCCCGACAAAUUUGGGUCCUGUGUCCCACACACGACCAGACCGAAGCGGGAUUACGAGGUGGAUGCCAGAGACUACCAUUUUGUGGUGUCCAGGGAGCAGAUGGAGAAAGAUAUCCAGGACCACAAGUUCAUUGAGGCGGGCCAGUACAACAACCACCUGUAUGGAACCAGCGUCCAGUCUGUACGGGAGGUCGCUGAGAAGGGGAAGCAUUGCAUCCUGGAUGUUUCAGGCAACGCCAUCAAGCGAUUGCAAUCGACCAUGCUCUACCCCAUCGCUAUUUUCAUCAAGCCCAAGUCUGUGGAGAAUAUCCUGGAGAUGAAUAAGAGGCUAACAGAGGACCAGGGGAGGAAGACGUUCGACCGAGCCAUGAAGCUGGAGCAGGAGUUCACUGAGCACUUCACUGCUAUCGUCCAGGGGGACUCUCUGGAGGAGGUUUAUAACACAGUGAAGAGGAUCAUCGAGGAGCAGUCAGGACCCUUCAUCUGGGUGCCUGCCAAGGACAAGUUGUGAAGGAGGACAGAAGAGAUGACCUUUUUUUUUUGCCGUCCUCGUUUUCUUCUUUGAUUUUACGUCUAAUUUUAUGCCCUGAGCAUAGGACCCCCCCUCUCCCUUUCACUUAUACCCCCCCCCCUCGCGCGCCGCCCUGCUCCCCUCUGUCACACUGGCUGGUGUCAUUACAUUAGUGUCUGGGGAUCUGAUCACGCAUAGACCCACACACACACACACACACACACACACACACACACAGAAUUCUUUAAUGCUUUCUCUAUCACACACUCGCUCACGCUCUCGCUCGCUCUCUCUCUCUCUUCUCUCUCUCGCUCUCUCGUGUUUUCUUGGGCUGUCCUUGUAUCUGGGUGUUUUUCCUGCUAAGGAGGUACGGGCUUUGGCAACCAGCGUCUUAUGGGGAGAUUUUUAUGGUACAAGUCCUUAAUGUUUAAGGAACAUGAUUUAGAUGCAUAUAUAUACAAAUAAUAAAUCAUUUCUUGUACUUUUUUUUUCUUCAUAUUAUUGAAAGGAAAUGCAUUCAUGUAUGGGGGUUCGUAAAGGAAAUGCAUUCAUGUAUGGGGUUCGUAAAGGAAAUGCAUUCAUGUAUGGGGUUCGUAAAGGAAAUGCAUUCAUGUAUGGGGUUCGUAAAGGAAAUGCAUUCAUGUAUGGGGUUCGUAAAGGAAAUGACAUGAGGCUAAACUUUGCACGUUAUAGCUUUAAAAGAGCAUGUUUCAUAGUGUUCUGAUCAUUCCCUCGUCAUGUUUUUUUGUCGUUCUUUAGUUGUCCUUUGUCUCUGCUCACGUGACAGCCAUACAUACUAUUCAACCUGCACAGAGGGAACUAAGGUUACAGAGUGAUGACUGGACUUCACUCUGACACACGAGGCUGUUUCUUAUCAUGGCCGCCUUCACUGACUUUAAUGAUCCCUGAUGAUUUGAUUCUGUUCUUUGUCCAUAAGCUUUCAGGUUAAUUUCCUGAACAGGAAUAGAGUAAAUGAAAGGCUGUUUUUAAACUGACUCCAGGUGUAUUAGUAGUAGUAAGAAGGAAGCAAAAACCCGAAAGAAUUUAUUGUACACUGAGAUUUUAACGUAUAUUUAACCCUCAGUCUACUGCCUAUUUUGUUAUAAUAAAAAGUCUAUAUUGAGCUUUACUUCAAAACUCAUACAGCUAUGGGGAAUUAUUUUCUUUGCCACGUUGAACGUAUAAAUAUGAAUAUAUAUAUAUAUAUAUAAAUAUAUUUUCCUUUACUUUCACCAACACCUAUCGGUUUCAGUUAGUUACUUAUGCGUUCAGUAGAGCAGAGGAGACCUGUGGUCCGGAGUCAGAUCCCUCUGUAAGGUCAGAGAAUGGGGUUAAGGUUAGGAACAGGACACACGUACACCCCCUAACUCUGAACUCCGCUGACUGGCUGGGGUGUGAACUGUGUUGGUGAAGCAGUGGAAAUGUAAAGUAACCAACAUGGUGUUCUGGUUCUGGUUCUCCUCUCCCCCAUCUCCAUGUCCACUUCCCUGCGAGUUUCCUUUUUUUUCAUGUGAUGUGCAUGGUUUUUAGAAGCAGUAGUCUUUAUUAAAUAACAAACGGGGGGGGGGGGGGGAGAGGAGUCUGUGUUCACCGAGGAUUGUGACGUCAUAUCUUCAAGCUCCGCGAGAGGAUCGUUCAGACAGACACACACUGGAGUAGACAGUCCUCAAGAGUGUGUGUGUGGACAUGGCCGUUGUUCGUAUCUGAAGGGGGAAAGAUCUAACAACGCGCUUCCGAAGCGCGAUGCCUUUAACUGUCCUCCGGAGGACUCCGUGCUGGAAUCCUCCCUCCCUCUCCUGCUUCCACAGAGAUGAUUGUUUUCUAUAAGACUUGUUCUUCUUCUGGUUCUUCUUGUUCUUCACCACCUCACCACUGCUUUCUAUCUCACUUUUGGAUUCGAGUUUGUAAAUAAUCCCUUUCCUGAUUCAUUCAAUUUGUCAUAAAGAGGAGAACUGCCAAUAAACCCUUUCUCAUACAUCA